AUGUCAAAUGUCCGAAAAAGGCGUAUUGUUCAACGAGAAGCUAAAACGAUAAUGGUACUUCCUAAGAAAGAUGAUAUAAUUGCCAAAAUCACUGCUUCGAGAGGAAACAAUUUACAUUCGGUCGACUCUUGUGGAGAAUCUUAUUUAGUCAGCAUGCCUACCAAAUUUCGAAAAUCAAUUUGGGUAAAGCGUGGAAAUUUCGUGGUAAUUAGUACGAUCCAGGAAGGAAACAAAGUUAAAGGAGAAAUAGUCCACAUUCUUGAUAAUGAGAACAUUUUAUAUAUCUAUGAACAGAACCUUUGGCCUCAGCGCUUCUUAGAAGAUGCUGAGAAGCUAACUCGUGCCUUCAGACGAAACGUUCCAGUAAGUAGCAAUAAAAAACACGAAAUGAUUGAUGCAGAUAUGUUGCCUCCUAGCGAUAGUGAAGUUGAGAGCGAAGGAGAAGAAUAUGAAUGUGAUGAUGAAUCAGAGGAAGAAAUCAUUACGUAUAAUCCAAAUUUAAGUGAUAUCAGGCGUCUUUAA